CAUUGUAUCCACUCAAAAUAUUAAAACUAGCAAGUACAUUCAUCUCAAGUACAACCCUCAUAGGUAAUGAAAGAAAUCAUACAAAAUAACGCCUAUUCCCUACUUGAUACUUUAGAAACUAACCCCAUGAUGUCAAUCUACUUCAUUGUCCCUAUCAUCUUCUUCUCCUUCUUCAUUCUCUCAAGAAUUAGCCAGAAAAAGUUUCCACCAGGUCCCAAUGGGUGGCCUAUUAUAGGCAACAUGAUGAUGAUGGACCAAUUGACACAUCGUGGUCUAACAAAGUUAGCACAAAAAUAUGGAGGCAUUUUACACCUCCAAAUGGGAUAUCUUCAUAUGACGGUAGUGUCAAGUCCAGCUGAAGCCCGUCAAGUGCUACAAUUGCAAGAUACCGUAUUCGCCAAUCGUCCUGCAACUAUAGCCGUGAAAUACUUAUCGUAUGAUCGUGCUGAUAUGGCUUUUGCUAACUAUGGACCCUUCUGGCGCCAGAUGAGAAAAUUAUGUGUCAUGAAACUUUUCAGUCGUAGAAGGGCUGAAUCUUGGGACUCGGUUCGUGAUGAAGUUGAUUCCAUGACAAGGGUUGUUGCCACUAGCACUGGUUUGAGUGUCAAUAUCGGUGAACUCGUCUUUGGAGUUGCAAAGAACAUUACCUACAGGGCGGCUUUUGGAACAUGCUCAGACGGAGGGCAAGAUGAGUUACUAAAUAUUAUGCAGGAAUUUUCGAAGCUUUUUGGUGCAUUCAACUUGGGAGAUUUUAUACCUUGGCUUGGAUGGGCAGAUCCACAGGGGUUAAGUACAAGGAUUCUAAAAGCUAGGGCUUCACUUGACAGUUUCAUUGAUUCAAUAAUUGAUGAUCAUAUACUGAAAAAGAAGGCGAAUAAUUAUGAUAAUGAAGUUGAUGGUGACAUGGUGGAUGAGCUUCUAGCUUUUUAUGGUGAAGAAACAAAAGUGAAUGAUUCUGCUGAUCUGCAGAAUGCUCUGAGUCUUACAAGAGAUAAUAUUAAAGCUCUUAUCAUGGAUGUCAUGUUUGGUGGCAUAGAGACAGUGGCAUCAGCCAUAGAAUGGGCCAUGGCUGAGCUAAUGAAAAGCCCAGAGGAUCUCAAAAGGGUACAACAAGAACUUGCCGAUGUUGUUGGCCUUCACAGAAAAAUAGAAGAAACAGACAUUGAAAAUUUAACCUUCUUGAAAUGCUGCAUCAAAGAAACUCUCCGUCUCCACCCUCCGAUUCCUCUGUUAAUCCACGAGGCAGCCGAGGAUGCCGCCAUCAAUGGUCACUAUAUUCCGGUUGGAUCGCGUGUUAUUGUGAAUGCGUGGGCCAUUGGACGUGACAAAAACUCAUGGGAGGAUCCUGAGAGUUUUAAACCUUGUAGGUUUUUAAAAGAAGGUGUAGCUGAUUUUAAAGGUGGUAACUUUGAGUUUUUACCAUUUGGAUCCGGCAGAAGGUCUUGCCCAGGUAUGCAACUUGGGUUGUAUGCAUUUGAAAUGGGAUUGGCUAAUCUUCUUCAUUGCUUCACUUGGGACUUGCCUGAUGGAAUGAAGCCAAGUGAUGUUGAUAUGGAUGAUGUUUUUGGACUCACUGCUCCUAAAGCUACUCGACUUGUUGCCGUGCCAAGUCCACGCUUGUUCUGUCCACUUUAUUGAACAAGAUUUCUCACUUUGUGAUUUUUUUUUGAAUUCCUACACAUAUUGGAGUAUAAAAAAUAAAAGUAUGUUCAUAGAUAUAUUAUAGGUAGGAAAGCAAGAAUUAAUUUCUUGAAUGGGUUGACAGGAGUCAGGAGGGAAGAAGGGUUCUAUUUUAAGAUUUGCUUUAUACAUUCCUCCUGCUCUCCUUUUCUCUCUUUUUCUUUCUUUUUAGUUCCCUUUUGCUCUUCGAAAAUAACAAUGUAAUCAAAUAACGACUUAUUUCCUCAUUGAAAUAGUUUUGUAAUUUA